GACUUGUCAUCUCACAUGUUACUCUUCUCACUCUGUUUUGUGUGUUUAAACCUCAGUAGUCGAGUAAGCUUCACUUUAACGUGGAGUGUUGGCCUUAAAAACUUUGAAUCAAAAUUGAGAAAAGGGCAACCCCAGAUUAUAUUAAUGAAAGAGGGGACAGACUCCUCCCAAGGCAAACCACAGUUAAUCUCGAACAUCAAUGCUUGUGCAGCUGUUGUCGAUGCCAUCCGGACUACUCUUGGGCCACGUGGUAUGGACAAACUCAUUGUUGAUACCAAGGGACAAGCAACAAUCAGCAAUGAUGGAGCAACAAUAAUGAAGCAGUUAGAUAUUGUUCAUCCUGCAGCAAAAAUUUUAGUAGAUAUUGCAAAAUCUCAGGAUGCUGAGGUUGGGGAUGGCACUACUACUGUUGUGUUGCUGGCUGGGCAGUUCUUGGAACAGUGCAAAACCUUAAUUGAGGAGGGCGUCCACCCACAUGCUAUUAUCAGAGCUUUUCGACGUGCUACAAAUUUGGCAAUAGAAAAGAUCAAUGAAAUUGCUGUUAAGAUAAACAAAAAGGAUCCAGUUGAGCUCCGGUCCAUUCUAGCAAAGUGUGCUGGUACCUCCCUUAACAGCAAGUUAAUUCAUCAGCAGAAGGAUUUCUUUGCACAAAUGGUUGUGGAUGCUGUCAUGUCAUUAGACAGUCUUUUGCCACUUGACAUGAUUGGCAUCAAGAAAGUACCAGGUGGUGCCUUAGAGGAGUCGCGUCUUGUUGAUGGUGUGGCUUUUAAGAAGACUUUUUCAUAUGCUGGUUUUGAGAUGCAGCCGAAACAUUAUGAGAAUCCUAAAAUUGCUCUCUUAAAUAUAGAGCUGGAACUUAAAGCAGAAAGGGAUAAUGCAGAAAUUAGAGUGAAUAAUGUUGAGGAAUACCAGAAAAUUGUUGACACAGAAUGGAAUAUUCUCUAUCAAAAGUUAGAUCUAAUCCACAAAUCAGGGGCCAAGGUUGUGCUUUCUAAACUUCCAAUAGGUGAUGUAGCUACUCAGUAUUUUGCAGACAGAGACAUGUUCUGUGCGGGCCGUGUUGUUGAUGAGGAUAUGAAACGAACUAUUAAGGCCUGUGGAGGAGCAAUCAUGUCAACUGCACAUGAUCUUGAUGAUUCUGUUCUUGGUACUUGUCAACUUUUUGAAGAGAAGCAAAUUGGUGCUGAAAGAUUCAACUUCUUCAAUGGUUGUCCACAAGCAAAGACAUGUACCAUAGUUUUACGUGGUGGAGCAGAGCAAUUCUUGGAAGAGACAGAAAGAUCAUUGCAUGAUGCAAUCAUGAUUGUGCGUAGGGCACUAAAGCACGAUGCUGUUGUGGCAGGUGGUGGUGCUGUUGAAUUGGAAGUAAGCAAGCAUCUGAGGGAAUACUCACGGUCAAUUGCCAGCAAAGAGCAGCUUUUCUUAGCAGCUUAUGCUAAGGCAUUGGAAGUAAUACCUAGGCAGUUGUGUGAUAAUGCAGGGUUUGAUUCUACCACUAUCCUUAAUAAACUGAGGGCCCGUCAUGCUGAAGGUGGUAAAUGGUAUGGUGUCGAUGUCAUGAAUGAAGAUAUUGCUGACAACUUCAUAGCCUGUGUUUGGGAACCAGCCCUUGUGAAGAUCAAUGCUCUGACUGCAGCCUCUGAAGCUGCAUGUCUCAUCCUCUCGGUCGAU